AUGGUAUAUACAAGGGUUGGUGUUUGGAUACCUCAGUGCCCCCCAAAGAACUGGGAGGCUAGGUCGUGGUCUGGAGAUGGUAGACGGCCAUCAGGAGCACUCCACUCGACUGGGUUCGGCUCACUCGAUCGAGCUUGUGGCUCCUCUUCCUCUUCUUCUUCUUCAAAGUGUGUGGCUUCCUUGGCCUUGGUGGAGCUGGCUUGCUCGAACUGUAGGGGUCCAGGUCUGGAGAAGUCCUGGUACUGGUUGAUCGUACUCGAAUCCGGUUCUCAAACAGGGGCUCCUCCAGGUCAACUCGACCCUCAGCUCGAUCGAGUUGAGUUUCCUCUGUUUGGACUCGAUCGAGUUGGAGCGUCUGGCCUUGGAACUCUUCCUCCUUCUCUGCGUGUUGUCUUCUCCUUCCCUUGGCUCGAAAGAAGAGGCUCUGUGAGGCUCUUGGGCAGGGAGCCUCCUUGGAGUGGUGAGGAGUGA